GGAUCUCCCGCUAGCAGAAGUGAUGAGGAGGAGGUUUCGAGUGUUAGCAUAAGAAACGAUGGAGCCUGUUUUCUCAGGGGAAAAUGUCUAAAUUCCUGAUAUGCUAUGAAAUAAUGUAUUGUAAAAGCUGCGCGGCAAUGGAUACGUUUGGGAAUAUAUUUUAAAAGUGUUUUAGUUAUAAGCAGGCUUUACUACUUUCCCCCGUUACUAAGGACACUCUUCUCCAACGCUGCCGGAGUCUUAAUAAUAAUCUUUAGACUUCUUCAAGGGCAGGUGUCAGACACCCAGACACAAGAGUGAUCCAGCAGAGGGGUCCUGGUGUAGGAGUGUAUUACCAUCAUGGGUAAACAGAACAGCAAGCUACGUCCUGAGGUUCUGAAUGAUCUGCGGGAAAACACAGAAUUCACAGACCAUGAGUUGCAGGAGUGGUACCGUGGCUUCCUUAAAGAUUGCCCUACUGGCCACUUAACCGUGGAUGAGUUCAAGAAAAUCUAUGCCAAUUUCUUUCCAUAUGGGGAUGCCUCUAAAUUUGCAGAACAUGUAUUUCGUACCUUUGACACCAACAGUGACGCGACUAUUGAUUUCCGGGAGUUCAUCAUCGCGCUGAGUGUGACAUCACGUGGAAGUCUGGAACAGAAGCUUCGCUGGGCCUUCAGCAUGUAUGACCUGGAUGGAAAUGGAUACAUCAGCCGAGCCGAGAUGCUGGAAAUAGUGCAGGCAAUUUACAAAAUGGUAUCCUCAGUAAUGAAGAUGCCAGAGGAUGAGUCGACUCCAGAGAAACGCACUGACAAGAUCUUUAGACAAAUGGACACAGACAAUGAUGGGAGGCUUUCCCUGGAGGAGUUCAUCAAAGGUGCCAAGAGCGAUCCCUCCAUUGUACGACUGCUUCAGUCUGAUCAGAGCACUCCUCGCUAGUCGUGAAAGCAGCAACACCCACUGAAAACCAUGUCACAUAUUCACACUUAGACAGGAGGAUCAGUUGGUUGCGCUUUGGUUGCAUGGACUGCAUCUGAGUAACAAAUCGGCUUCAUAUAUGCCAGAUGUUAGUCACAAAAUCUGCUCAGUUUAUUACUCAGGCGCGCUCACAGAUUUAGCCCAAUCUAGUACUUUUUGUUAAAGUUAUGCUUAAAGGAGGAUCAUGUUAUUUGGUAUGUGUCAAAUAAGAUUCUAAAACAGCAAAUUUUAUUUAAUGUGCUGAAUAUCAGACAGUACAACACAAGACAACCAGUUAAUUAAUAUACAACCAUAAAAGGGAACUCAUCUUGAGGUAAAAGCAUUGUUUUUGAUGCAGUUCAAACAGGAUUUAGACUAAUGAAUCUGGAUAUGCCACAGCCAUGGGAAUAAGGCACCCGUGUUUUUCUUUCUUUUAAACCCAAUAUGCAAACACACAGAUAAGUAGCACUUAGUAGAAGUAGUAGUAAGUUAAAGCUCAGUCCAAAAACCCUAAUGCAAGUGUACAAUUAAUUUGGUUCUGCAAAUGUAACUAUGUCCAUUUAUGGAAAUGGUAAAGUAAAUCCUUCAGUGUUUAGUCUUUUAUUGAAUUUGUUUGAAACUUCAGUUUUAUUCUCCAGACUGUUGCUCUUUACCAGCUUACAUAGUUUUAUAGUUUAAAAUGCUGCCACUAUGCUACGCUUCAUCAAGAGCCAUUUGCCAAAACUAAUGUUUACGCUGAUUGUAUCAGAUUCCUUGGUUCAUUAACGUAGUUGUCUGUAUAGUAAGCAAGGCUUGUGCACUUGAGCAAAAAGCUAUAUUGCUGUAUCUCAGUGUAGUCAACAAUAGAUAUCUAUGUGAGCUCCUUUCCAGUUGAUUGUUGUAUUUGUAUGAAUUAUGUAUUGAGAAAUCAAGCAACCAACCAUUAUUUAAGAUAGUAAAUAAACUUACAGAUAACCCUACAAAAAUAAAACUUCAGUAAGAUUUGUAUAUCCAUAAUAAAAUGCAGUCAUUUUAUGUGUUCCUUUUUUAUUUUCAUAACAAAAACAUUAAACACACUCAUGUAAGAAAAAUCUACACAGUUCCCACUUUACUCCCUGCCCAGCACAAAUACAGUCGAAAGUGGAUUUACUGACUCACUUCUUUCUCCUAAAAAUAAUUGAAACAAAAAAGAAUAUUAUAGGGGGAAAUGAAUAGGACAUUCAACAGGGGAAACAGCAGGUUAAAUCCAGGGCAAUGUAUAUAAAACACUCAUGACUGCAUCCGGUAGCCUAGAAUAGUUUCCUCUCCUCAGUGACCAUCCUGUGUCAGCUACCUGCCCCAUUAAUUACCAAGACUUUAUCCUGUUUUUUUGUCAUUGUUCACUGAGGAAUGGACGUCACUGGAUAACCACAGGGGUGGGUGGGAUUUUAUUGGAACAAAGCAAACAAACCUUAUUCUGAAUCUAUGUGUAGUGGGUACAACUGGACAGGGAAAAGUGAAAUGAUAAUCCUGUUCAACAUCCUUAUCAGCACAUCCAAACAGUCAGCCAAUCAAACAGAAAGGAGGUCUGUAAGGCAAAGCUAAAGCAACCAUGAUUUAAAUCCUGAUCCCACCUCAUUUCAAACAAUUGGAGAGAAGUUAAAAGUGAGACAUGUCUUUGUUUCAAGAGUGUUCAGUAACUUAAUGUCCCAGUUUUCCCCUCAUCCAUGGGAGAGGAGAGGCAGCUCAUAGACUGGCUCAAACUGGACAAGCCUUGCACAGCCUAUGUACUCAUAAUUCAUCCUUCUCCAAGUCAUCCAGAUCCACAUCACUCAGGUCAAUGUCAUCCUCCACAGGCAGCUGAGGGAAUGGAAAAUACAGGAGAAUGUCUUGUGAGGACAAGUUUGACAUUUCUUAGGCUAAAUGUGACAAGGACAAGAAAGCUCCAAAUGGGUAUAGAUAAAAAGAAACGUUAUAUAUCAGAUUUCAUUUGCAUGAUAAAAAAUAAAGCAUAAAUGAAUAUUUUUAAUCUGUUCUUACACAGCUAAUGUGUUUCUGUACAUUUUCCACUAUGUUGGUGUUCUUAAAAAAAAAAAAGCUCUCCCACCUACAGAUUUACACUUUUUUUUUAAAAAAAGAUGAAGCACUGCUUCAUUAAAGUAGUUUACCAAUAAAUAAAUAAAUAAAUAAAUAAAUACUUACAACGCCAUCCUUCCCGUCCCAGGCUUCUGCAAUGUGGAUCUUGGGUAAAGCCCCACCUGUUAUUGUGGCAGUGGAGCCACGCCCAACAGAGAGAUCCCUACGGUAGAGGAAAAAGAAAAAAAAAACAAACAAGUGUUGCAAUAACACUCAGUGAAAUAUGUGGUCAGAUGUGGGAACAGAAGGGAAAAAACAUUACCUUAAGAAUUCAUGGAUUCCUGUCUCACUGAACGAGCCUUUUAGAAGAGCAAACUUCAUCUUGCGAGCAUUAAUAGCUGCCAUGGCUGGGUAACCGAAACCACCAAUUCCCAAAGAAGCCUCAAGAUCCAUCUGAGCUCCAGCUUCGGUCCACAGCCAGCUAUAGAAGAAGGAAAGAGAAUUUAAUUAAAAGCACUAUAAAAAACGCGUUCAACAAUAGAUGAUAUUAUGAAGCUGUUUUACAAAACUAUGGAAUUAAAACUUUGAGCUAGCCCAUCACUGGCAAGAAAAACUCCCCAAAAUGGCAUUAGGGGGAA